AUGGCUUUGCCACUGGAACUUUAUGGUUACGAUACACCAGCUGGACAACGAGGAUCUCGAUUGUCUGGUGGUCAAAAACAGCGUAUCGCCAUUGCUCGUGCAUUGUUGCGUAAACCAACUCUGCUACUGCUGGAUGAGGCCACCUCUGCAUUGGAUGUGGAAAGUGAAAGAGUUGUCCAAGACGCACUUGAUGCUGCCAUGGGGUCACGUACUUGUCUUGUAGUGGCGCAUCGCCUGACCACCGUGGAGAAUGCCGACCUGAUUGUUGUAUUGGAGAAUGGAAGAAAAAUCGAGGCCGGUGCACCGGAAGCCUUGAUGCAGGCUAAAGGGGCGUUUUACGCGCUUCAUCAUACAGAAGAAGCUGGACAUUGA